AUGGCGGAUCAAAUUAUUUCAAAGCGAGCUAUUUCAUACAAUGAAAGUAAAUUUUUAGAUGCUAUCAAAUUCAAUUGCUACCUUUUUAAUAUUGCAAAGAUUUACGAUGAUCAGUGUAGUCAUAAAGGCUUUAUAAAUGGUUAUGACGUGUAUAUGAGUGCCAAUACAGGUUAUGGUAAGUCGCUGUGUUUCCAAGCCCUACCGUUUGUCGUUGAUGCUUUGGAGAAUCAAUGUUACGGAAUUAGCACAUUAAUCGUUGUUAGCCCGCUAAAAGCACUGAUGGAAGAUCAAGUUAGAAAGAUGUCUGACUGUGGUGUAUCAGCAGUUGCUCUUCACGACCACGUCAUAAAUCUGGCUGAGAAAAUUGGAACUGUUCAAGCAGGACAUUAUUCUCUGGUAUACACAUCACCUGAAUGUAUUUUGUCAAAGGACAUAUGGAGGUCAUUGAUUUCAUCACACGAGUUCAGAGAUCAUUGCAUUGGUGUAGCCAAAAGCUUGAUGAUACAACUGAUGCACGCAGAAGUUUGUAUUCAAAAAUGUGUGAAACCAAAUAAUCCUGAACAUGGAGAACAAAAAGGUUCUUAA